CUGUAUCUUUAAUAGUGAGGAGAAAGAUGGGAGAGGCUGCGCGUUCAUGUUUCCUUUUCUGGCUCCGCAGCGGCGGGAGCGCGCAGUGGCUCCUUCACUCGCUGGAGAGGAAAAAAGCGCCGACGGACCUCGACAACAAUUCACCGGGAAAAUGUUCCUGCCGCCGUCGCUCUGCAGCGCUGUCCAGUCCAGCACAAACCCCAUGAACGGACUUGCCUCGUGCACCGAAUUCAGCUCCUUCGACCAAUAAAACUUAAAGAAACUUGAGGACUUUAAACUCCAAGAAAAAGGGCAGGAAUCAAAGUUCACACUAAAGAGAAAAUGGAAAGAAGGCUCCUGCAGCUUCUUGCCUUGUGGACAGUUGUGAUCGGAGUGGUGCAGAGCUGCCCGUCGCUCUGCAGCUGCCAGGAUAAAUUUUCCCAAAAGUUUGCUGAUUGUGCUUACAAAGAGCUGCUGGAGGUACCUGUUGGUCUCCCAUCAGACAGUACCACCGUCAGCCUUUCAGCCAACAAGAUUGAGACUCUAAAAAGUAAAAGUUUUGUUAAUAUCACCCAGGUCACCUCUCUCUGGCUGGCUCAUAAUAAGAUUGUCGCUAUAGAGACCAACACCUUGGCCCCCUUGAUUCAGCUUCGAAACCUGGACAUAAGCAACAACAAAAUAGUCAACUUCCCAUGGGAGGAUCUGCAGAACCUCACAGCUCUGCAGCUUCUGAAGAUGAACAACAAUGAGAUGGUGAACCUUCCAAAAAACGCCUUUUCCACCCUUAAGGACCUGAGAUCACUCCGCAUCAACAACAACAAGUUCACCACCAUCGUGGAGGGAACCUUCAGUGCCCUCUCUUCCAUGUCCCACCUGCAGAUCUUCAGCAACCCAUUCACCUGCUCCUGCAACCUGGAGUGGCUUAGGGAUUGGAUUGCCACAACAAAAAUUUCUGUGCCAGAUCCCAAUUUAAUCCAGUGUGAAACUCCUGAGCAUCUGAAAGGGGUGUUGGUUGCAAACAUUCCUAAACUGCAUUGUGAAGCUCCCAUUGUCACCAUAACGUACCACCCAAACAUAGAGAACUCAAUCCUUUAUGAAGGUGCUUCGGUCAUCCUAAACUGUGACACAAAAGGGAGCCCCAAACCACACGUCAGUUGGGAGGUGGCUGCAGGGAAUCAGAAUUUUCUGUUCCCCCUGCCAUCCACCGGAGAAACAAGUGAUGUGCCAAUCAACGAUAAGACCACCAACAGCAGGUUUCUUGUCUUCAGAAACGGAACCCUUAUUAUCCCUCGUAUGAGUAAAAAGGAAGAUGGAAACUACAGCUGCUCUGCAGAGAAUGAGUUGGGUAAGGCAGAGAGUGGCGUUAAACUAUCCCUGGCUUUCACCUCAAAGCAAGGCAAGGGUUCAACAUCUGAUUCAACCAUGGAGAAGAUUCGUCCGUCGGGGAAAAAACCUGAAGACCCUAAAAACACAAAAAACAAUGUGAUCAACUGGGCCAAGCAAGAAGAAAAGACAAAGGACAGCACAGAGGGCUCGAAGGACAAAGCCGAGCAAGCUGGAGGGACUGUAAAGGGCUCCGCCUUUGCAAGCAAGUGUGGCGUAAGGGACGGCAGUGAGUAUAUCUCCAACCACGCUUUCAACAUGACGCUGGACGAUCUGAAGCAGUACACCUUUGAUUUUGGUGUUAUUGCAUUAGAAGUAUCAGAAACGGAAGCUAAAGUGCAGCUGAACCCACUGCAGCUCCCCAACAGCAAAUCAAACCUGCAUCUCAGCCACAGUGAAAACCAGGAAAUGGUGAAUAAAGAGCCUGUGGGUCUGUUGCAGUCCUCUUUGAGUAAGGACACCCCGGACAUGCUCUACCUCUGCAUAAACACAGGAAAUGGACACUCCUUGGUUCAGUGGUCCAACAUAGAGGAAGGGGUUAACGCCUACCGCUUCCACGGUUUACAGCCUGGCACAAAUUACACACUUUGUCUCACUUAUGGGGGACAGGACUGCCAAGUCCAAGUGGUCUUCACGACUAGGAAGAAGAUCCCCUCCCUCCUCAUCAUUGUGAUUGUCAGCAUUUUUCUAUUGGGCUUGGCCACCGUUCCCCUGCUGGGAGCCACCUGCUGCCAUUUAUUAUACAAGUACCAAGGAAAGACCUACAAGCUGAUCAUGAAGACUCAGAAUCUGGAUCAGAUGGAGAAACAAAUGAAAGAUUUCAAUCCCAGGGCGUCUUUGGUGGAGUCAGAGAAAACCUUUGACCCCAGCGAGUUGGGCGAUGGUGGUGAGGAGGAGGAGGCAGAGGGACAAGAAGGGGACAUGGUGGGGGAAGCUGAGGGGAGCGUGGUGACCGACUCCAUCCCCGGAUCUUCAUCCAAAACCAAUCAGGAGGAGUUUGAGGUGGGGUCCGAGUACAGCGACCGGUUACCACUGGGAGCGGAGGCCGUGAACAUCUCGGAGGAAAUCAACGGGAACUACAAGCAGCCCAGCCGCUGAGCUCCACAGACCGCCACUUCCGGUUUACUGUAACAUACUUUACUUUAAGUAGCCUAUUAAAGCAGGUAACUCACACGUCAUCACACGAGAAAAAUAAAAACAUAAAAGGUGGAUCGUUUCCAUUUUAUUUACCUCAACAAGUCACUGAGAAUGAAAUCAUGUUGGUAAAAACGUUUACAGAACAAGCACAAGCAGCUUAUCACACGCGCGCGCGCGCACACACACACACACACACACACUCACGGCGCAGAGAGAGCUGUAAAAUGUUCAAACCGCCUCUCCGGGAGCAUAACAACAACCGAAUAAGUGCCAUAUUUUAAAAAUCCGUUUUAUUUUAACCGCCGUCAGGGACCAGUCUCUCUCUCCGAGCCGCGCGUGGCUGCGGGAGUUUUAACAUCCUCUCAGGUUUCCCGGAAUAAAGCGCGCGCGCGCUGAGUACAGGAGCGCACUCUCCGCUCCAAAACAAAACAAAUCAGAUUUCAGCUGUUUUGUGCUUGAUGGGAACAAAAAUGCCAAGUUAUUUACCAACAACGUUUGUCAAUGCUUUAAAAUGUGUGACUUUUGCGUGUGAACCGACGGGUGCUUGCUGUAUUCGUUUUUUACAACGAACAUGUCCUUGGCAUGUCACGCGUGUUUUCUUGGGUGGUUUUUAGUGUGUGUUAGUCUGUAGGGCUUUUAGACGUGAUUGUCUGUCUGUGAUGUAAAUCCCAACGAAUUACAUUUAUUCUUUUAUUAACGACGGUGCGUUUGGGUGAAAUAUUCAAGGAAAAAGAGACGCAGCGCGCGUCUGGCGGCGUCACUGUCUUGUAAUUUGUUGAAUAUAGUAAGUUUUUGUGAACCUUGUUGUAAAAUGAGAACAAACAACGUAACCUUUUAAGAUUUUUUGAUAUAAAUUUAUGUAAGUGGAAUUAAUAAAACAUUAUGAAAAGAAA